AUGCGAGUGCCUCGCCUCCUCGUCACUUACCGCGAGCGCAUCGGCGGGCAUCGAGUCCCGAUCGUCGUGCUCGAGGUCAUCGACUUUGACGCGAAGCGGCUCGGCAUCACGCGCGUCGUCCGCGUGUGCGGGGCACCAAGGGCGCUCGGCGUGCAGGCCUUUGAGGCCGAGAGGUUCGCGAGGGCGCGGCAGCUGCUCGGAAAGGAGUAUACAGGCUUUCCUCGGGCGUGCCAACAGGUCUACGCCGCCAUCUGCGGGGACAAGGACGCCCACAUCAACUGCAUGGACGCGUUCGAGGUGUACGUGCGCGGCGACUUUGACCCCUCUCUCCUCGGCACGUGGUGCGAGCGCAAGGAAAAACAUGGGGAGGAGAUUGUCGAGCGCUUCUCGCCGAUGCUGGCCGCAGCGGUCGCAAAGACCUUCGACGAGCCGCCCGCCAUGCGCCCCCACUCCCCGACGGCGCAGUGGGAGGGCUGGAUCACCGUUGGCGAGGGGCGGCCCUACUCGCACAUCAACACGCCGCCGCAGUCGGGGACACUCUCCGGCCCGCAGCGUCCUCGCGACCUCAAGAAGAGGAGCCGCGCCGAGCCCGACCCGCUCGAGGAGGGCGAGGUGCGCCACAGCAAGAAGCCGAACCGCCCUAACUCGGGCUCAAGGCGGAAGAAGGAGCACAGGAUCGGUCGGCUCGUCUUCCUCGCCACUCACGUCCGCGCGAGAAACGUCGACUACGCGGACCACCCGCACGUCGUCGUUGGGAAAGGCCCGUGCAUGCUCGGCGGCACGCAGGCGGUGAUGGGCGUGCGUCUGCGGCCUCUUCCCGAGUAUGCGGAUCUGCCCGAGGUGACGUUCGCGGUGAAGGACGUGAUUGGUCUGACGGCGGACUUUGAGAGCACGUGGCGGAUGCUCCCCCCCGGCCGCUCGCUGCUCAGGGACGCGAUGCUGGAGGCGGUCGAGAGGUUUGCGAUGAGCAUCACGCCGGCCAUCUCCCGCGAGGCCGUUUGGAAAGAGCUGAUGCCAUGCACGCGGACGGCGGCAGAGGUCGCGGAGGUGCCCACGCCACACACACCGCUGCGCGUCGCGCGCCAGCACCGCGUGGCCCAGCACCGCCGUGAGUGA